UGCUCACUAGUAGUGGAUGGAGAACGUUAGUCGUGUCAUACAAUCCUCUGAAAUACAUUUUCUCUCACUGUGUACCGCCUCCCGCACCCCCGUGACUUCAUGCUCCUCGCUCCUGUGGUCUCAACAUGCAUGAGCUCUACCAUAUGUGCUUUCUUCCUUAUACUCUUCUCGUAUAAGGCUGCUCAAGUAAUUUACUCCUUGUAUUCAUUUUGCAAUACGCUUUAAAACAGGAUCUCUAAAAUAGUGUGUUACUAGGAGAAUAAAUGGAUUACUAAUUAAAGCAUGUGCAAAUAAGUCAGAAAUGAAAAACAGCUUGGAAAAAAGAUUCAGGAGCAGCGAAUUAAAGAGACAGUGCGCAGCAAUUGGAAUCAGGUGGCAAUUAGACCUCUGCAGGCAGGUAGCUCUCCUCCCCCCAUCAAUUAGGAUAAUGGGCAGCUGCUCCCUUCAGAAUCUGAAAUAAAUGGAGAAGCUCCCUAUCAUGAACCAAACUGGCCAGGAGAAAGGAGUGGAUGAAGGUGGCAGGCGGGACAAGGACACACACAAACUGUACCAAGAUAUUGCGCUGCGCCUGGGCGCUGGACGAGCGGAUGGAGCGCUUUGUUCGUGUUCCCUAUGGCCUGUACCAGGGAACACAGUAUGGGAACACCCUGCCUUGGGGCCAGCCCGGACUCUCUGAGCACAAACAGCCGGACUGGAGGCAGAACACUGGCGCCCCCACUUUCCUGGCCAGGCCGGGGCUGCUGGUGCCCACGCCCGCCCCGGGCUACUGCACGGACCCUUACAAGGGGGCGCAGCUUAAGGCCAUCCUGGCCCGGAUGAACCCCAACCUGCGCCUGCGCCUGUGCAAAGCUAACACCAAGGAGGUGGGCGUGCAGGUGAGCCCGCGGGUGGACAGGUCCGUGCAGUGCUCGCUGGGGCCCCGCACCCUGUGCAGUCGCUCCCCUUGGGGCAACACGGGCCCCAGGGCCGCCCUGCCAGCCUGGGGCGUCUAUUCUGCAGUGACGGGCUGCCGGGGCUUGUCCCGGCCGCGGAAGGACUGGGAGGACGAGGGGACCAAGGCGCUUUCAGGUCCCGUGGAGACCAGCCAGCAGCUGCAGCAGCAGCCGCCGCAGCCGCCGCUGCCGCCACCAACGCCAGAGGCGCAGGAGAAGUCAGGGGAGGAAGAUGCCCAGAGUCCUGGGGAAAGGAAGAGCCAGCAGGCCCCGGGAGACGCCUCCGACCAGCUCAGGAAACCCCGCUUCCAGUUUUUGGAACCAAAAUAUGGCUAUUUUCACUGUAAAGAUUGUAAGACCCGAUGGGAGAGUGCUUACGUGUGGUGCAUUUCUGGAACUAACAAGGUGAGCAAAGUGAGCGGGAUAUGGAAGAGGAUGGGGCAGCACAGACGCUGAGUGGAGGAAGAAAGUGUUUCCUAAUGGAGUGUGGCUUAGUGCUGUCUUACUCACCUUGGCAGCCUCAGUGCCAGGCACAUCAUAGGUGCUCAUCAAAGGUGUGGGUUAAACUGGACGGUCCAUGUGCGCUCCUGAGGCUGCCGAACCGUGGCCUGGUGUUCUCUUGGGUUUGAAGGUGCUGUUGGACAAAAUAUCAGUUUAUUUAGAUGAACUUCUGUUGUGUGUGUACACUGGGACUUUCUAUAAUCAUCUUGGUAUAUUUGAAUGGGUUUGGGCCUCAGGGCUAGGAAAUUUCCACUGUGUGUCCACAAG